AUGUGCGCCGCACACGACACCCAAUUUGAUAAAAUAGUCUUUAUGUCUGUGUCCGCGGCCUCUUACGAUUCCCUGUUUCUGGGCUCCUCGGACUCCACCCUGGACCAGGACCUCUACACGACGUAUCUGAUUGCGGACUUUCACACCUACGAACACUUCAAGGAGGCUCUGGUCGGGUACGAGGAGGUGAUCAAGGACAUAGGCAGCAUCCGGAUGGUGGGCUACGAAGCGUACAUUGUGGAGCAAUGGAUCUCCCAGCGGUCCAACAAGAACACCGUCGUCACGUACACGGGAGACUCGAAAGACUCGAUAAUUUGCCGCAAGUUCCAGAUAAUCAACGACCCGAUAAAAUGGCCGCGGGCGUUCCGUCAGUAUGUCAACGAGCUGCUUGAGUCGAAGUACUCUUCGCCUACAGAGACCGACGAGGGCAUCAUCUACAUCACGAAUUUGUCACAGCUGGAGUCGUCGAUGACUCUCAUCCCGCUCCCGCAGGGAGAUAUCCACGAGCUCUACAAGACGUUCGUGGUAAACUAUAACCUGAAGAAGCUCGGCUGUGGCACAAGAAGCGCGCUGGCGAUCUGCAUGCCAACGAAAGCAGUCGAGGACAAGUUCCGCAGCCUGUUCCAGAUCCCGCAAGAGGUGUCGCUGAUGUAUGCUGUUCGAGAAAUUAUUGCUGUGGUUCAGACAUUUCUACAUUAUUACGAUCUAUUAGAUGCGCGGUUUUGCGACGGACUGCUGUGCGAAAAGACUGAGGACGCGAUUUCCCGCUGGUGGACAAUGGUGUUGCAGAUUCCCGGGUGCGAGGAAGCACUACGUCCGAACGCGUGCAACUCUUUGUCUGCGUCAAUUCUCACGAUCCUCGGCUUCACGCUCAUUCUCAAAUCCAUCCUGGAGACCGCAGGAAACAACAUCAGCGUUCCCAAAGACCCUCUGGAUCACGAGAAAAUGCGCAUAGCCAUUAUACAGCUCCAGAGAGCGCAGAAAAUCAAAACCCACCCGGGAAAGAGCGACAAUUACUCGGGUAAGUUCGAUCUUGAGACCAUCACCAAACUGUUGCAAUUCUGUAACUCUGCCAAAUUCAACCAGACGUUUGCCAAAGACCUGCACAAAGUCAGAAAAAUGGUCAAAGACACUGUUGUGGACUUUACCUCUGGAAAGACGUUGCAAACCUUGAAACUCUCUCCUUCCAACAAAAAACUAAGCAAAGAGCAGGAAGUUCCUGUUUCCAAGAGACUUUACAACUGCCAGGACCUGGAACAGAUCAUCCAGCUCGCACACGGUAAGCGGCUCAAUUAUUUGUGGAAAUGCAAAGGAUACGAGCCUGAUUUCGACCGAUACUGUUUGGCGUCCGUAACAAGACGCUACCGGGCAGCGCACCUGCCGUACACGCCUCCUUCUAUGCUGGACGACUCAGGAACUGACUCCGAGAUGAACACUGUCUCGUCCAGCGCCAAAGCCCUCGAGCCAUCGUUGAUGUCGUUGUCGGCCGAUAGAGUGAGAACGGACGACGAGCCGCUGCGCAAACAGAAAUCAAAGCGCCUUAUCGUUGGCGGAAGCUUCCAGGACAGCGAUAUUGCGACAGACAUGCGGCCGCGAAUGAACUCGUACUAUGAAGACUCUUUCGAGCAGCAGGACAACGCGCAGAUCAACCAGUUCAGCGCGAGACUGAACAGGAGACACUCAAUUCCCUCCAUCCAAAACGACCUCAACGUGCAUACGAUCAACCUUCAUUCAUCCAACGAAUAUGUGAAUAAUAGCAUACUGCAUUCCCAAGCGACGCUUCAGUCACGAGCGCUCAGAUUGAGGCGCGCUAACUCAUUUUCUUUAAUCCAAGAACAGCUGACGAACGACUUCGACGAGAUUCCAACUGCUGAGGUAUUUUCAAUGGAGACAAUGGCUUUGGAUUAUCUGAAACUGCUACGUACAUACAAGAUCGACAUUGAGAAAACUUCGAACUCGUUCAAGCACUCUACUCAGGAAUGCAAGUUGCAAUUGCUCGACAGACUCCGGCUUUCAGAAUAUACUGCCGAAUACGAGACCUCGAAAAGCGAAUAUUCCAAGCUCGCAAAGAGAUCUCAUGAUGUCAACGACAAACUCGUCAAGAAUAAUAAGAUCAAUGCCAGGCUGAAGUAUGAGUUGCGCUUGCUGCUCCAGAAAACCAAGGAGGUGGAAACCAGCUUAAAGAACCUCAAUGAUUUCAAAAUGGCCUCGCUUGAAAGUAAGAUCAACGAACUGAAAACCAAACAGGAAUCUUUGCAGAUCCCGAAAAUCGAAGAGCCUCCACAAGUGAGUUUCAAGGUCGCCUUGAACAAGCCCCGUUUGCUGGUUUCUCUCAUUCUCAACUAUUUGAGCGUCUGGUGGUUUUACCUCUGCCGCAACGUGGAUUAUACCCGCAUUGAAGAACUAUGGAAACUCAUUGACAGAAAUGACCGUGUUGCUCAAUUUCUUGAGAACUUGUAUCAGGGCGACGAUCGUACUCCGCCGAAAAGCAAAUAG